AUGGCAAGAAAAAAGCAAAGAAACUCUAGUCAAGGUGGGCUUUUAUCCAGUUCUUCAGAGCAACAAGAACAACAAAUGGACAACACAUCGAUGCCUGAACCACCUCAAAACUGGCCACAAAAUGAAAGACAAGCUAUCCGAUCUGGUAACUUGUCAAUAAAUGAUUCACAUGAUAUAGAAAAUUUCUCAGGUUCCAAUGAGAGUGAAGAACAAUCUAAGCGACUAAGGGGCCCCACUAUGAUGCACUCAGGAUGGAAAAAUGAUGGUGGCAGUUUACAUGUUGAGUUGAAUGAAUAUGGCCAACCAAUUGGACCAGAAACAUCUAGAUUGAGUUCUAAACUUGGUGUCAUAGCACGAAAUGGUAUCCUAGCACCAUUGAAUUAUAAAGAUUGGAGGCUUGUGCCAAAGAUGUUCAAGGACAUAAUAUGGGCUCAUAUUAAGGAAAAUACUGAUACAACUGAUGAUAUGAGACGCAUGUUGAUGAUACCGGUUGGAUCUAAAUGGAAAGAAUGGAAGCAUGAAGCUAAAAGUUGUGGUUAUGAAUCGUAUGGUACUAAUAUUGAGCGCUUUGCUCAUCGUCCAAAUAGGAUGGAAGAAGAUCGGUGGCGUUCAUUAGUUCAUUAUUGGAGCUCAAAUGUUGUAAAGGAAAAGAGCAAGAAGAACAAAGAAAGCCGAAAGAAGUUGACUAUGUCACACACAUCAGGAAGAAAAAGUCAUUCUCAAAUUAUAGAUAAUAUGACAAAGAAGAAUGGCAUAAAACCAACUCGUAUUGAGGUAUUUAAAGAAACACAUUCAAGAAAGAAUGAUCAACCAGUAAAUGAGAUAGCUGGUGAAGUUAUGAAACAAAUAGAUGAACCUGCUGAGGUAUAUCCUGAGUUAAAUGUCCCUGGAAGUGCUCCUAAUGAUGUGUAUGCACAAAUUAUGGGACCAAACACUCAUGGGAUUGUUCGAACUCUAGGAAAAGGAGCAGCCCCAAGUUUUGUUUAUGCCCCAGUAUAA